AUGGACCCGGGCAGUUACGAAGCCAGCAACGAGAGUGUGUCCCGGGUGAACCUGAGCUCUGUCGGGGUGGCUGGCGGACCGGAGGUGGUGAUCGUGCCAGUCGCUUUCAGUUUAAUCUUCGUCCUGGGCAUGGUGGGCAACAGCCUGGUGAUCGUGGUGCUGGGGAGGACCAAAUCGCGGAGGUCUCGGAGCACCACCAACACGUUCAUCCUGAACCUCAGCGUGGCUGACCUGUCCUUCCUGCUGUGCUGUGUGCCUUUCCAAGCCACCAUCUACUCCCUGCCCGAGUGGGUCUUCGGCGCUUUCCUCUGUAAGUCGGUGCACUACUCCUUCACGGUCUCCAUGCUGGUCAGUAUCUUCACGCUGGUCACUAUGUCGGUGGACCGCUACAUCGCGGUGGUGCACUCCAAGCGACCCCCGGCCAUCCGCAACAAGAGGAACGCCUCUGUGGCAGUGGCAGGGAUCUGGUUGCUGUCCUUACUCAGCGCCGUCCCGGUCGCUCAGCACCAGAGCCUGGUCACUGGCUACCACCGCGCCCCUAACUGCUCCUUCUGCUGGGAAGUUUGGCACGAUCGCACCCUCAGGCAGCUCUACAAGGUCACCAUCGUGGUCAUCGGUUACUUACUGCCCUUGCUGCUGAUCUGCUGCUGCUACGCCAAGGUUCUGUUUCACCUCCACAAGAAAGUGAAGAACAUGUCAAAGAAAUCAAAACGAUCCAAGAAGACUGCCCAGACUGUGAUGCUGCUUGUUGCUGUGUUUCUUCUGUCUUGGCUGCCUCACCAUAUCAUAAACAUGUGGGUUGAAUUUGGGUAUUUUCCCCUAAACGAUGCAUCGUUUGCCUUCAGGAUCAUCUCUCACUGCAUGACGUACGGGAACUCCUGCAUCAACCCCAUAAUGUAUGCAUUCCUCUCAGAAAAUUUUCGGAAAGCCAGCCGCCAAGUCUUCAGGUGUAAAUUUCUUUUCCCACAACCCAUUGAGGAGAAGGUGGUUAGGAUUCGGAUGGAGAACUUUUCGACAACCCCUUCAACAACAAAUGCUUGA